AUGGAGGUGAAAGGAGUAAGGGUUAAGGUUCUUGGGAGGGGAUCGUAUGGGGCUGUACAUUUGGUCCAAACGAUAGGUCAUGUUCCUCGAUUUUAUGCCGUGAAAUCUGCUGAUGAGACAAUGUCGUCGUCUUUACGAAAGGAAUAUCAAAUCCUUCAACAGUUUAUCGCUUGCCCCAAUAUUGUUCGGUGCUUUGGUGCUUUCACCAGCGUUCGACCGGGCGGUCAAGGAAACGUUUUCAACCUGUUUCUUGAAUAUGCUUCAGGAGGCAGCCUGUUGGAUUUGAUGAGAGAGUACGGAGGUAAAAUACCUGAACGAGAUGUUAAGUGCUAUGCAAGGAUGAUACUGGAAGGGCUGGUCGACAUUCACAAGAAAGGAUACAUUCAUUCUGAUCUCAAACCAGGUAACAUUCUGGUUUUUCCUCCUCAAGAUAGUAUUGGCUUGAAUACUUUAAAGAUUGCGGAUUUUGGGUUAGUUAAACAAUAUGGGGUAGAAGAUAAAAGGAUUUGGGAAUAUGGGUUUCGAGGCACAGCAAUUUAUAUGUCUCCUGAAUCUGUCAUUGGGGAAGGUUACUGGAGCAUUGGAUAUAUGGUCACUAGGCUGCAUCAUUGUUGA